AUGAGUUCGCGGUUAUGCAGCAUAUGUUUAAACACAGUCGUGGAUGAUAACAGUAGAGGAAAGGCUGAGCUGAUCUGCGGCCAUCUCUUUCACUUAGAUUGUAUCGGUUCGGAAUUCAACUACAGAAAUGAAAUGAAAUGCCCAAACUGUAGGGUGGUGGAAAAUGGUGAAUGGCUAAUUCCAGAUGAGGAAAUGGAGGAAGAAGACGAUGACUAUUUAGUGCACGUGCGACGUCUUGAACUCCACAUAUACACACAUGGACUUGGUGCAAGGGGUGGUAAUCAGGCUUCCAGGGGAGAAAUUGGUGUUGAAGAACGUAGAAGAUUAGGGAUGAUGGCCCCAAUGGUGCACUACAACCACAACAACGCAUUGCAUCCUCCAAAUUAUGGAGCCAACAUUUGGGCUAAUCCUUGGAUCAGCGAUCCUUUAAGUGCUGACACAUUGUUGAGGGAUUAUGGUUCAAGCUCCACUCAACCAAUAAGGCUCGACCCAUCAAUCUCGAGGGCAAAUGGUGGAGAAGUGAUGGCACAAUAUCGUCGCACGGGACUCCAUUACAAUCCACCUAUUCCAACAACGAUGAAUAUUGAGUCAAGGUACCAGAGACGUGAAGAAAUUACAUCUGCGAGCACAAACAGGACGGGAUACAAUUCACUCCCAUCUAACGGGUCAUAUAACGGCCCGUCUUUAGAGCUUACACUGUCGACAAACCCGAGUGAAGACCGGUCCCAAGAGGAGCAACAUGGAAGGCAUGAGGGUCACUCGGGUCCUGGAACAAAUUUAGGUUUCAGGUACCCCUAG